UAUUCUCGUGUUCUUGAUGGUUUGGGGACUUCUCGCGGAGGCGGUGGCUGCCAGGGCGCCCUAGCGCGUGAAGGAUCGAUUUUGGGAGCUCGGGCGGCAUGGCAUGGCGUCAGUUGCUGGAGAAGGGAGGCUCCUCCGCCAAGCAGAUGGUGUCGGCGGCAUCCUUGUAUGGGCUGGGACGCGCGAUUGUGUUGAAGCAGCUGGAUGCAGGGAUCGUGUUGAAUCGCCUCAAGAGACGCUGCAUGUCGAGCUACACAAGCAAUUUCUCGAGAAGGCUGGAGGAGCUGGAGAGAGAAGGAGGGCCCGAUGCUCGGAGAAACAAGUGAAGUUUCUAAGAGAUCUUAACAAGGUGGAUCCCGAGGGAGUGAUUUGGUGGUUCGAGAGUAGACCACUUCCGCAGCACAGCGCUGGUGCUUUGGCCGAGUAUCUCAAAGCUCUCGUCAAGGUCGAUAGGCUCGAUGACAGUGCCUUGUUGAAAACGCUGCAAAGAGAGUAACUGCAUCGCUAGGAAGUUUUCAAGCUGAGGCGCGACCGAUCAUGUCUUCGGCAGGCAGUAGGAGCAGCCACGAAAGACGGAAUUUUGGGCUCUCCCAGUGCGCCAAUCCACAUGGUCACGUCCGAAGGAGGUUUUAGAGUUCAAGUGUGGCGGACUGUUCGAACCUUGGCUCUGGGCUUUCUCCUUCUCUCUGGCGUUGGGGCCAUUGUCAAGGACAAGGGCCUCAGCAAAGGUAAGCAUCGUAGAGCAUGGCUUGCAAUGCAGCGACUGGAAAGACGAUGCUGGCUCGGGCAACUGCUGGUGAAGCAGGGGUACCGUUUUUCUAUUGCAGCGGGAGCGAGUUCGAGGAAGUGUUCGUCGGAUGUGGUGCUCGGCGAGUGCGGGACUUAUUCGCAAGCACUCGCCAUGCAUAAUCUUCAUGGACGAAAUUGAUGCAAUAGGUGGGAGCUGAAAUCCCAAGGACCAACAGUACAUGCUGGUGGAGCUGAACGGUUUCAAGCAAAACGAAGGCAUCAUAGUGAUCGCGGCUACGAACUUCCCGAAUCUCUCGACAAGGCGCUUAUCCGUCCUGGUCAGUUCGAUCGGCAUGUGGUGGUUCCAAAUCCAGACAUCCAGUUAGAGAACAUCCAUUUAUGUAUAAACACCUUGCUUUUCUUU